GGCAUAUAGAGAAUAUUGAAGUACACUGACAUCUUGGCAUGAAUAGCGAGAGUAAUAGACUCGGCAAUAUUUUCUAUUGGUACACAUGAUGGUUAAUCAGAAGUUCUGAAUCGCAUCGGCCAUCAAUGAACCAGCCAGGGUCGCGUACGUACGCAGGUCGACCAAUCAGGGGCCAAACGUAAGCCUCUACUACUUAGGCAAGGAUUCCAAGAAUUCAUAUAGAAGCAGCGGGAAACCACGUAAUGUACCAGUAUUGUAACAAGAACCGGAAGCAUUGGCACGCUGUUUUGAUGCCCAACUGUAUAUAACUCGCACGCCAAACUUACCAAACAGUGGCACGAAAGGAAACAAAGUGUACCAUUCGCAAAACAAUUAGUAAAUUGUGCAGAGGGACAAGGGACGGUAAAGUAAAACCCUGUAUUACUGAUAACAGUAAAGAGACCAACCGAGCAGUACACCGCAAAAUGGAAUCGAUCCCUUCACCUUACACGACUGAAUGGUCCAACGAGUCCCACGUGCCAGAGAUCUUAUCGUUCCUCCGGGAAAAUUUCGAUAAGGAAGAGAAUAUCCUCAGAUGCAUGAAAAAGCAUGACGUCACAGGAGAAGACGAAGAGUUAAUGUGGAAGGACCACGAGCAAAUAAUAAAUGUGCUGAUCGCAGAAACACCUUGCCUGAUCGUACUGGAUGUGUCUACGAAGAAAAUAAUCGGCGCCGGAGUGAUGAUCGUCGAUCGGAAUCCAAAGAUCGAUGAGACAGCCAAUGAAGGAUCAGUGUUCGACAAGAACCCUCCUAAAACGAAGCUGAUGAAGACAUAUUUCAGUUACAUGUCGCAGAUUAUCGAUAAGGCCUGCUUGUUCGACAGGUUCUCGGAAGCUAAAGUGGGUGUCGAACUGUAUGCUGUGGCUGUACACAAAAAUUUCCGACGGAAGGGCCUCGGCACAACUAUAAUAGCAGAAGCUAUAUCCUUCGUGAAAGACAUUGUCGAGGAUGUCGGAUUUAUUUUCGGAUUGUGCACGUCUAUGUACUCGAGAAAGGCGUUCGAGAAACUGGGAUUCGAAUGCGCUUUGGAAGAGGAUAUGCUCGAGUACAAGGACGAGUUAGGAAGAUUUAUUCUUCGGGACACGUCUCCGCAUAAUAUAGCGUCUGUGUUGACUUUGAAAGUGUGAGCUUUAAUUGGACAAUGUCUCUUCGACUAUCGAAUUGUAAUAAAUAUUUCAAUUCUUUGUUUAGAUUAUUUGUUCAAUGAUUCUACGCAAUUAACGAACUCGCAUCUAGCUUUUGAUAAUAGAUUUAAUAAAUAAAAUAUUUUAAGACUAAAUGUACCAUGUAGUGAAGUUUGAUUUAAAAUUCUGCGUUUCCUCUCGUUUUGAAUUUUAUAUCGGUCCCUAUACUGUUUGAUUAAACGGUUUUUAAAAUUUUUGCCCUUCUCUGGUCUUGUUUCCAAUAAGAAAAAUGUAUCGUCUAACUUGUUUAUUUUGUUUUAUAACUAAUUAUUUGACUGGUUCCGGUGGGAAUAGGUAUAUACAAAUUAUCG